AUGGGACAUCCAUCGAGCAUAGGCCAUGAAGACGAUGAAUUGUCGCCGUCAACAAGCUCUCAUACCACUGCAGUCGGCUCUUCAUCAAUCUCUCGGGGGACGGCAGGCUCGAAACGCUCUUAUUUCCUGAAUCACCUCUCGGUAACUGCUUUCAGAAACCGACCGAAAUCACCUACCCCGUCUACCAGCUCAGCUUCAUCAACGGCCAAGGCUGAUACCAAAAGCAAGGGACCCCUAGGACUGACCACUGUGUUCCAUCCAAAAGACACAGAUGGAGUACUUGCACAUGUGGUUUUUGUACAUGGUCUCGGUGGGGGCUCCGAGCACACCUGGACAAGAGAUGGCGUAUUCUGGCCUCGCGACCUGCUCCCCUCGCAGGACCCAUUUCAGAGGGCUGUGAUCCACACCUUUGGAUAUGAUUCCAACUUUAAGAAAAGCAGUACUCUGAAUAUCACUGAUUUUUCGAAGUCGUUACUGAAUAGUAUGCUGAACAACCCGAACACAAGGGAUCUCAAAGUUCCCAUUGUCAUCGUCUGCCAUAGCAUGGGCGGCCUUGUUUCAAAACGCGCUGUGGUGCUCUCGAAGCAGAUACCGAUCUACGAAAAAAUCGCCAUGAGGAUAAAAGCAAUAGUCUUCAUUGCUACGCCCCAUUCUGGAUCGAAUCUUGCGGGCACCCUCGAUAGGCUGUUUCGCAUGUCAUCUGGGCUCAAGCCUUACCUCGAGGACCUGGGAAGAAACUCAGAUACCGUUCAGUCAAUAAACGCCGAAUUUCCGACACAUUCACUUGGUCUCAUCCUCCACUCAUUCUACGAAACUAAGCCCCUGAGCAUUGGUGGCAUCCGAGAUGUGAUGAUUGUUCCCAAGGCGGAAGCCGUUCUGAACUACCCACAUGAACAAUCAGCACUUUUGUAUGGUGACCAUCGCAGUAUUUGUAAGUAUGCAGAUGCUGCAGAUCAUAACUUUAUUGCAGUAUGGCAGGCUCUAGCCGCUUGUGUGAAAGAAGUGAAAGACCAGCUCAUGGAGAGACCACCAAGUCUCGCGUCUCAGUCUAACGAUGAACUCAGCAAAUUCUUCAACAUUUGGGAGCCACCAGUGGAGGACCUUUAUCGUGUGAAAUCCAAUCGGCUUCCUGGUACAUGCAAAUGGCUCUCUGACAACUUGAGCUAUCAAGAAUGGCUCAAAGGAUCCAGUUCCGAGCUCUAUUGGCUCUGGGGCGCGCCAGGAUGUGGCAAGUCUCACGCCUCUGGACUUGUUCUUGAGGAUCUGGAGGGAGCUAGAAAAAGAUACUGCUACUACUUCUUCACCUACGGCGAUAGAACUAAAUCAUCGAUGGAAGCCUUUCUCCUGUCAAUGACUUGGCAAAUGGCCACAGUUUACCCGGAGAUUCAAAGGAAACUGCUGAAAAUUUGCAAUAAAGACCCAGGAGUAGCCAGAUCUGGAGACUACAGGACACUUCUGAGGAAAUUCUGGGAACAGGGCAUCUUGCAAUCAGACAUCCCUCAGGAGACGUACUGGGUCAUUGAUGCCCUUGACGAGUGCCGCCAGGGCCAGGAGCUCGCGAAGUUCCUACUUCGUGUUCAGGAAAGGUCCGCUGGGAUCAUCCGAAUGCUCAUCACCGCGAGGAGUGCUUGCAGCGAUUAUCGCUUCCCAGCAAGCAAAUUCAUGGGUCUCGAGAUUAAGACAGAACAUACUCAAGUGGACAUCGAGCGAUAUCUUGAUACUGAUAAUUUCGAUGCUCCAGGCGCCAGUCUGACCGAGCGAGAAAGUCUCAAAGGCCUCAUCUUAGAGAAGUCAAACGGUUGCUUCCUGUGGGUCAUCCUCAUCCUCGAGAACCUACGCAAAAUCCUUGGCACACAGGCUCGUCUUAGAGCCUUGGAAGAACUUCCUCCAGUAAUGGAUCAGCUCUAUGCCAGAAUAGUCAAUUCAAUCCCAGACGAGGGGAAGAAACUAUCAAGGACGAUCCUGACCUGGGCAGCUCUUGCCAUAAGGCCGUUGAAUACCACGGAAAUGAAAUAUAUUGUGGAGCGCCUAGCAAUGGACGAGGUCGAGGAAGUUGAGACAAUCAUCUCAAGGUACUGCAAUGAUUUACUCUGCAUCGACCAGAAUCAACAAGUCAAAUUGCGUCACGCAUCGGCAAGGAGUUUUCUACUGCGCCAAAACAUGGAUGCCAACACCGACGAGGAUUUUACGAUCAACAAGGAAGAUGGACAUAAGAUGCUUGCGAUGGCAUGCCUGAAUUAUCUGAAUGGGCCCGAGAUGAGAGCUAAACCGAAGAGAAAGAUGGUGGCUGCAAUACAACAACGCUCUAUUUUUGCUUCUUAUGCCUGCUUGGCGCUUCACGAACACGUGAACAGAAGCUCGGCAUUGGAUAGCGAUGUCCUAGAGGGGCUGGCUACAUUUCUGAAGACAAAUAUCAUGUCGUGGAUUGAGGAGCUUGCAGAGAGGGGCAAUCUAGAUACUGUCCUGCGGUUUGCCCAAGUUCUGAAGGUCUUCCUUCGCCGCAAGUCUAGGACCGACUUGCUGCUUUCAGACAAUUGCGUUAUUGUUGACACAUGGUCUGUCGACCUUGUCAAGUUGGUUAGCAAGUUUGGUCGACAGUUAUUGAUGCACCCGCAGUCGAUACUGCAUUCUAUCCCACCAUUCUGCCCUCCGGAUACAGCUCCCUACGCACAAUUCGCUCGUGGCAUGGGACCAACACUCACAGUGUCGGGGCUCGCUGCUCGUUCAUGGGAUGACUGCCUUUGCACGGUCGUCAUCAGUGAACCAAAGGAUGUCGCUUCAGGUAACAUGCGACGCGAGCGCCUGCAAGCAAUUGCAACAUCAGAUGACAACUUUUGUAUCGGCACGUCUCUCGGCAGGGUCGCAAUAUUUGACGAUAAGACGUGUCUGGAAGAGAGAGUGAUCGACCACCAACAGCCGGUCAUGCUUCUCGAGUACGCCAUGCACAAGCCCUUGAUGGCAAGUGCGAGUAGGAAGUUGAUACGUAUUCUGAACACAGAAAACUGGGACCAACAAUGGGAGAUCACCACACGACAGAACAUUCUCGCCAUGUCUUUCGUUGAUGACGACCAGCUGCUCCUUGUUGCUUUGCGGAACAACACUAUCAUGUCUUUGAACCUCAUCGACCGGACUACAGAAUUUACCAGCUGGAUUGACAUUCUCGAAGAGCCACAUCACAGCUGGUACUUGGGCUUACCUGCCGAGCAUGCUAUAUUCAACCGAGACCGCGGACUCCUUGCCCUUGGAUAUAAAAACAGGCACUUGCUUGUAUACAAUUAUGAUACAGAAUCCUAUGAGCUCUUUGACCAUCAAGAUGGUCUUGUGGCUGGCAUCGAGCAACACCUCUGUGUAAGCAUUUCUGCCAUGGCGUUCAGCAAUCUACCCGAUUCACCACUCCUAGCCGUCAGUUUCUCCUCUUCAGAACUUGUUCUGUACGAUACAGAGCAUGGAAAAAUUCAAGCACGUGUGUCCCCUGUGUGGUUCUCUCACCUGGUUUCCUCUCCAGAUGGUAGAACCCUUGCGGCCGCCAGAUACGAUGGUGCUAUCGAGCUGUACGAUUUUGAAACGCUUCAUAAACUCUACCGCGUUCGUUCUGAAGACGGAGCCGUGUCUGCAUUAUGUUUUAGUGCUGACAGCACGCGGUUCAUUAUAAUCCGUGCAGGAGGGCGGAAUUGUCGCAUCUGGGAUCCUGCGGCUCUGUACCGCCGGGAUGUUGGUCUCGACAGCGUUCGUUCCCCAUCACUCGGAUCAGGCAGUCAAGAUGGACUCCUUGAAGAGAGUGAUGAUUCAAUCAACCUUAUCAGCGCCAUCACUUGUGACCCUGGUGGUUCAUUUUUCUUUGUGGGCAAAGAGGAUAAGUCUGUGUCCGUUCACGACGCCCGUACAGGUCUAUCGGCGGGGCUGCUCUUCUCGCAUGUGGCAAGCGUAAAGGGACUUUACGUAAGUGCCAAAGGGCAAUUGAAGCUCCUCGUGAGUGCGGACACCGCUGGAUUCCUCAUGGUUCACAAGUUGAUCAACAACGCAAAACGAGAAUGGUCCGUGGAACACAUCUUCUCCCAUCGGGGGUCAAUCACGGGCGUCCAGCAAUUCCUUUGCAGCGAAGACCUCACUCGAAUUCUAAUUGUCUCCAACGAUCAAGCAUCCUUGUUUUCACUGUCUAAUGGGAAAGAACUCGCCGCCCGCGUCGAUUGCACUCCUUCCGGCCAAAAGGCCUACGUUUGGACACAACAUCCUUUGGACUCAUCGCUUGUAAUACAUGUGGCGGCUCAUCAAGUGCGUAUCCACUCUUGGGAUUCACUUGAGCCAAUCUCAAUUACAGCCACCGGCGAGAAAAUAAUUCAGCUUGACUUAAAGAUAGCCUUGGACCCUGAGCUCCAAAAUGUCACUGUGCACAGUGCUACGGGUAUCUUUACUGGCACAAACACGCGGCUGGCAAUAUCAUACUCCCCUAACAAUGACCACAAUACGGGACGUGGCUUGCAGGGCGGCAGAAUCUUGAGUUUCUCGGCCUCUGCUUUGCUACCGAACGUACCGGACCAAUCAGUAACGCCGCUAGCUGACAAUCAAUCUAUUUAUGACAUGAUUGAUAUGAUCGUUGGUAUGUACAGAGAACGGAUGGUUUUCUUGCACAUCGACGGCUGGAUCUGCUCUGUGAAGGCUGGUGCACUAGAGAAGGACUCGGGGCCGGCCGGGGUCAAAAGCGAAGAUGUGCUGCAUCAUUUCGCACCACCCUUGGGCUGGCUACGCACGAGUCGAGAGCUCUUAAUAAGAGUUUCAAGACUAGGGGAUGUCUUGUUCGUAGUGAAGGGCGAGGUAGCGGUCGUGAAACGGGGAUUGGAACGCUCAGCGGACGUCAUCGCCAGAUAG